CCGGCACCCGGCACCAUGACGGACCGCUGCAGCCUCUGGAGCGCCCUGUCGGCCGCCGCCUGCUGCUUCUACCGGGGCUCCUUCAUGCAAGUGCAGUUCUCUAAGGAGAAGUACAUCCUUGAUUCGUCACCGGAGAAGCUUCACAAGGAGCUGGAAGAGGAACUGAAACUCAGCAGCACAGAUCUUCGCAGCCAUGCCUGGUAUCAUGGGCGCAUCCCCCGGGAGGUAUCGGAGAGUCUGGUGCAGAGAAACGGGGACUUCUUGAUACGCGACUCGCUGACCAGCCUGGGGGACUACGUGUUGACGUGUCGUUGGCGGAACGAGGCCCUCCAUUUCAAGAUCAACAAGGUGAUGGUGAAGUCCAGCGAGGGCCGCACCCACAUCCAGUACCUCUUUGAGCAGGAGAGCUUUGACAAUGUGCCAGCCCUGGUGCGGUUCUACGUGGGCAACCGCAAGCCAGUCUCAGAGCAGAGCGGGGCUAUCUUCUACUGCCCCAUCAACCGAACCUUCCCGUUGCGCUAUCUGGAGGCCAGCUAUGGACUUGCCAAUGGGAAGCACAGUGGCUCGCACAGCCACUCCAGCCAGAAAGGGGGCCACAUCAAGCGAAGGAGCAUCACCAUGACGGAUGGAUUGACAGCUGACAAGAUCACAAGGGGCGAAGGGUGCCCGACGAGUGUCUCCUUACCACAUCACCGAGACAUCAUCCGUAACUGCGCGGUCAGUGUGGACCAGAUCCAAGACCUCCACUCCCCGAUGUCUCCUAUUUCUGAGAACCCGUCAACUCCAGCCUACAGCACUGUUACACGGCUAAAACCACAAGCGGGGCAGGCCAGCAGCAGCCUCGCCCCAGGCUCCCCCGUCAUCAGGAGAUCCAGCGAGCCGCACCUGUGCCAAGGGAACAACGGCAAGGCCGAGCAGGCCGACAGCACCCAUUCCACCCCUUCCCACGGGUACUCCCGGGCGUCUCCUUCUCCCUCCGUGAGCAGUUACAGCGAUCCGGACACAGGACACUAUUGCCAACUCCACCCCCCGUCCCCGGUCAGCUGGGAACGGUCCACUCAGGACGGCAAGCAGGUGCCAGCCAAGAGCUACGUGGACAGGCUAAAGGGGGACGAGGGCCAGAAGGGGGUGCUCACGCUGAACGGCUCCGAGGUGGAGGCCGGGCCCAGAAAGAGGCCCAGUCAGGAACCUCCGGGCUUCGUGGUCCCUGUAGUGGAGAGGACCUCCUCUUUCAACCCGGCCAUCUUCCACUCCCUCCUCAUCCCUCUGGAAAACAAGCCCUUGGAAAUGGCCGUCCUGAAAAAAGUCAAGGAGCUCCUGGCAGAGGUGGAUGCGAAGACGCUCGCCAGGCACAUCACCAAAGUGGAUUGCCUGGUUGCUAGGAUACUGGGUGUUACCAAGGAGAUGCAGAGGCUCAUGGGGGUGAGCUCGGGGAUGGAGCUGCUCACCCUGCCCCACGGACAUCAACUUCGCCUUGACUUGCUGGAAAGGUUCCACACCAUGUCUAUCAUGAUCGCUGUGGAUAUCCUGGGCUGCACAGGCAGCAUGGAGGAAAGGGCCUCCCUCCUCCACAAGACCAUCCAGCUGGCUGCAGAGCUGAAGGGCACCAUGGGCAACAUGUUCAGCUUCGCCGCCGUGAUGAAUGCACUCGAAAUGACUCAGAUCUCACGGCUGGAACAGACCUGGAUGGUUCUACGCCAACGCCACACAGAAGGCGCCAUCCUCUAUGAGAAGAAACUGAAGCCUUUUCUAAAGAGCCUGAACGAAGGCAAAGAAGGAUCCCCUCUGUCCAAUACCACCUUCCCGCACAUCGUGCCCCUCAUCACCCUCUUGGAGCGGGACACGGCCCUUCCAGACAACCCUGAGCCCUGGGAGAACUUGGACGACGGCGUGGAGGUGGUCAUGGCCCACCUGGAGGCGGCACGGAUGGUGGCUCAUCAUGGGGGACUGUACCACACCAAUGCGGAGGUGAAGCUGCAGGGCUUCCAGCCGAGACCAGAACUGCUCGAGGUCUUCAGCACGGAGUUCCAGCUGCGCCUCCUGUGGGGCAGCCGAGGUGCAGAGAGCAGCCAGAGUGAGCGCUACGAGAAGUUCCACAAGGUCCUCACUGCCUUGUCCCACAAACUUGAGCCAGCAGUGCGCUCCAGCGAACUGUAG